AUGAAUUUCUCUGACAUUAAAUAUGAUAUUCCUGAAUUGACUGGUGAUAAUUAUAAGAUCUGGAAGGAGAGGAUUCUCCUUCAUUUAGGCUGGAUGGACAUUGAUUAUGCUAUACGGAAAGACGAGCCGCCAGUUAUUACUGAAACCAGCGAGCCAGAUGAUGUGGAUCUUUAUGAGCGAUGGGAGAGAUCUAACCGUCUUUCCAUGAUGCUCAUAAAGACUAAGAUCUCUGCUGGUAUCCGUGCGUCUGUCGAUCAGCAUGAUAAUGUUAGAGAGCUUUUGAGGGCUAUUGAUGAACAAUUCGUCAAGUCUGAUAAGGCUCUUGCCAGCACACUGAUCAUUCAGUUCUCCACCAUGAGGUUCACGGGUGUGAGGGGUGUGCGCGAGCACAUAAUGCGCAUGCGGGACAUUGCGGCGCAGCUGAAAAGCUUAGAGGUGACCAUGUCUGAGACCUUUCUUGUCCAUUACAUAUUGUGCACUUUACCUCAUCAAGGAGGAGAGACUACUGAUGGAGGAAGGUGA